AAUCAAUCGAGGAGACGGACUAUCUAAGGUGUGAUAACGUCAAUGACCUGGGAUACUCUUCAGAUAUCCGUGUUUCGCGCCGUCCGUUGUCCUGGAUAGCACGCCGCGCGACAGAAUUUGAUUCACCGCGAUUUGAUCUGAUGGACAGGCCUUGACUCUAACGAACUCGGGCUAUCGUCCCUGGAGAAGAAUGCCAUCAUGGAGGUCGGUAUCCGGAACACACAACGUGCGCCACUCUCAUGCAUCAGCUGCUAUAAGCGAAAGGUAAAAUGCGACAAGAAGAUCCCUUGCGGUCAAUGUGUCCGGCGUGGAGUUGUUUCCACUUGCAGACGAGAGAAGGUCAAGGUCAAGGGCCAGCUGAUGCAAGCAGGUACUGAUGAGAGCCACCUUGGGGCAACUUAUCAAGACCUCUUGCUCGAAAAUCUUGCACUGAGAGCACAGGUCCAUGCAGCCACUCCAAACACUACAGAAAGUCAAUCCAUGAACGAGGAUGAUGUUUUUGUUCUUGACGACACGAUCGAAAGCUUUGGAGUCCAUCUGUUUGAUUCUUUGACGUACAAACACCUUCCUUGCACAGUAACUACGUACGAAGAUGUCGAGUUCCCGACUAGAAAGCAGAGUGAUUACCUGAUUCUCCAAGCCAGAGAGAGGAUAUCCUGGAUUCAUUACGCAUUGCAUCACCCGACAUUCGAGCAGGAACAUGACGAAUUCUGGAAUCGAAAUGAAGGUCACUCUGCUCGCCUGGCGUAUGAUCCUGCUUGGUUGGCAAUAUACUUCAGUACCCUGAGUGCCGUGUUAGUGUUCUUUCAUGAAGAGGAUACUCCUACAUCACCAGCGCCAGACUGCUCCUCAUUGACACGGAUGCGGAAAUGGUAUGACACUGCAAUUUUCUUUCUGGAGAAAGCCGACUAUCUCCGGGUUCCCACUCUGAAAACCGUCCAGACAAUAGCAAUACUAGGCAUUGUCUUCAAUAAUGUUGGCGAGUUCCACUUCCACGCCAACUUAUGGGCGGUUGCCAUUCGGAUUGCGCAGACUAUCAAGAUCGACGACGAACGAUCUUUGGCCGCACGACCAGCAGUCGAGCGAGAAGUGUGCCGAAGGGUCUGGUGGACACUCAUAAUUUGCGACUGGCUACCAAUCCAUCAGAGAAAUCCCAUUGUUCUGGAGCAGAACUUCCAAGUCAACAUGCCAGCCAUAAAGGACGAUGACGAACUUUCGGGAUCAAAAUCUCGACCAGCCAGUCACCCUCGCCCGAUCCACUACCACAUUGUCAUGAUCAAGCUAGCAAUGAUCUACAACCGGUAUCGCAUGGCUUUGAAGCUAGGCCGAUGGACGAACUCGACCGUGGUUGACCUGGUUGCGAAGACGGACGAGAGCCUCGCUCAAAUCAUCGUUGAGCUUCCGCCCUACCUGCAGAACGACGCAAGCGCUCUCACCAGCGCCAAGUUCUCCGAGACAGAUUAUCCUUGGAUAUCGUGGCAGAGAACAAAACUCAGCAUGCUCCUGCAUAACCUGAGGAUCAGUGUCAACAAGAUUCUACGAAACAUCUGGUCAGAUCAAGGACUGGUGUUCCAGAGAGUACGCUCGAUAUGCCUUGCAUCAUCAACCGCAAUUAUCAGCUUAGCUCUGGACAGUGGUCAACCAAGUGAGCGGCUCAAUUCAUGGGCUGUGGUCACCAAUCUGUUCUCCGCGGCAGUUACCAUUGCGAUUGAGGAAGAACUUAGAGGCGGGAGUGCUGACGAAGAUCCUUCGAACCCAGUGAGAAGGUGCAUCGCCUUCUUCGAAUCCGUCAAAGAGCACAAUCAAGUGGCAGUUGCGGCUCUCGAGAUGCUCCACGCCAUCAUCAAAAGGUCUGGGCCAUGAGCACUAAUACUACGAUACCAACAAACACCCCUCCCGCUCCGAUCCUCAAUCAUACUACAAUUGACUCCUCCGCUCCGUAGGGUUUGACGCCGGCCAGAUGCAGAACCUUGUCCGUCUCUUGGACAUCGUUGAGAGGCCUGUCUCUGCUAUAUAUAUCUGGCUUUCCUAGACGCAAGUUGUCCGGAAUGCCGCCUGGGAAGAUAUUCAUGUUCGGCCAGUGCGUCUGCAACAGUCAGUCCAGCGGCCUUGAAUAUUGACUGUCGAGACCUACCGUGCCCCUGCGUUCAUGAAACAGCUGCCUCUUCAAGUUCAAAUCAUUUUCUGUGGCAAAUUGGGCCGGUGCAUAGCAAGCAUCUGUUCAACAAUUAGCUCUGAUUUGUCAACGGUAUUCUACACUGCACUUACAAACUAUCGAUCUGACUUGCUGACUCUCGGGCAGCUUGUUGUAGUGAAUGGUGCGGGAAUCCCAGAUAAUCAGAUCACCUGGAUCUGCGCAGACUUUGACGACCUCGCAACCGGCCUCCUUGAACCAAUCCACCUCUUCUGUCGAGAAUGACCAAUAAUCCUCAGUACCCCAUGCCCUCUGGCCAGAGGUUUGCGGGUGCUUUUUGAAGAACUCCUCGGUGAGGUUGUGAGAGCCUCGAAGGACGACCAAUCCCCCAUCUUCCGAUCCGUUUGGUGCUAAGUUUAUGAUACCCUGUGCACAUACUAGACCCUUCCGCCUUGGGGAUUGAUCAAUGUGAGGCCAUGGCUGCGACUGAGCAGGGGUGAGAGUUGGCAGCGUGAAGUUGAUACCGUCGAACGAGACGAGCAGCUCGUCAGUGCCCCAGAGUUUCGCAAAAGCGUUGAUGACCUCUGGCUCGCUGUCUUCCUGUAAGUGGGAUGGGCGAAACUUAUAUCGACAAUCUUACGAUCGAGCUUCCCAGACAAAGUCCUCGUGCGGAGCAGCAUAGUCAUGAUACAUCCCGCCUCUGCGAUGAAAAAGUCAGCCAUCUGACUCCACCAAAUGCCAUGCACAUGAGCAGUCUUGACGUACUUCAUGUGUCUGGGGAGAUGCUCUGGAAACCACGUGGACCGAUUAUUCCGAUCAAAGCCGUACGGAAACGUCCCGAGCCAUUCGAACAUUCUUUCGACAUAGUACGCCGCCCUCUCCGGGCUGAUGACAUUUUUGACGACAACAAAACCGUGUUUGAAUAGGUCAUCUCGCCAAUCUCCAUGGUGGACCGUGGUGUCGACUACCGGCGACAGUGGUGCUUCCUCUCUGUGAGGCAUGUUGACAGACUUGGAGUUGGUCGGAUAUACCCACGUCAAUCACGAUGUUGGUGUAUGAUGGUGGGUUCAAAUUGUGUGCUGUUGCAACGAGGAACACAAAGACUUGGAAAGUUAAGCUAUCAGCACGACGGAUGUAGGGAGAUUAUAAGUCUUACGAGGGCCAGCAUCAGGGGACCUGGGGGUUUUAUUGUACCUCUUGCUUGAUAACCAUACUUGAGAUGCACGAGUCAGAAGAUGGGCCUUUCUUUGGCGUGGCCCACAAUUUGCAGUUUCUUCCUCGAACGGUGCCGGUCUCUUUCAAAAGGUCGGCCGAGUGCCGGGCGAGGUUUUUUCCUUUAGCAAGGCUCGACUCCCUAUUUGUGGAUGAUGCCAACUCCAAGUCGCUUGACAGCUACAACUUAUUCAGGAAGACGGAGAACAAAAACAUGGGGGAGCGGGAAGGGGAGAUCUCUAUGGGCCGAGCCCAUCGAGGAUACUGUGUUCAUAUUGACGCAAACAUCGUGCAAGCUACCAGCCAAACCAAACCAGCCUUACUUUGUAAAGUUCUCAUGUUGCCAACCACAGCCAGAGC